UGUGGCGUUAUGUAUGCGGAAGUGAUGGACGCGGCUUGUGUUUGUGUUUCUGCAGGAGUCUGACGCGUCGGAUGAAGCUGCAUGACAGAAGGUCAGGAUGCUGGAGUCCUAUGUUUCUCCUCUCUUGAUGAGUUAUGUGAACCGCUACAUAAAGAACCUGAAGCCGUCGGACCUGCAGCUGUCACUAUGGGGCGGCGACGUGGUUCUGAGCAAACUGGACCUGAGACUGGACGUGCUGGAGCAGGAGCUCAAGCUGCCCUUCACCUUCCUGAGCGGACACAUCCACGAGCUGCGCAUCCACGUGCCCUGGACCAAACUGAGCUCGGAGCCCGUGGUCAUCACCAUCAACACCAUGGAGUGCAUCCUCAAGCUCCGAGACGGAGCCACGGAUGAUAAUGAAAGCUGUACGUCCAGUUCGACCAAUCGCAGCGCCUCUGAGAGCUCUAAGGCCGUGUCUAAACCUCGACGGGUGCAGCAGGCCCCCAGCGACCCUGACCUGCCCCCAGGGUACGUACAGAGCCUGAUUCGGCGAGUGGUGAAUAACGUCAAUAUCGUGGUCAAUAAUCUGAUUCUGAAGUAUGUGGAAGAUGACAUCGUGCUGUCGGUCAACAUCACGUCUGCGGAGUGCUACACGGUGGACGAUCUGUGGGACCGAGCCUUCAUGGACAUCAUCGCUCCUGAACUGGUCCUGAGGAAGGUGAUCAAUUUUUCAGACUGCACCGUGUGUUUGGAUAAGCGCAAUGCGAGCGGGAAGAUCGAGUUUUAUCAGGACCCGCUGCUCUACAAAUGCUCCUUCAGAACUCGUCUUCAUUUCACCUACGACAACAUCAACGCCAAAAUCCCCGCCGUCAUUAAAGUUCACACGAUGGUGGAGAGUCUGAAGCUCUCUCUGACGGACCAGCAGCUGCCCAUGUUCAUCCGGCUGAUGGAGCUGGGUGUCGCGCUGUAUUACGGAGAGAUGGGCGUCCAUCGAGACGCAGAGAAGGAGGAGAGCGGCUCGCUUCGAGAGAGCGUCUCUGGUCUGAUGGAUGCGUCCGAUCCGGCUCUGACGGGUCAGUACUUCCAGGGCGAGGAUGAAGAUGAAGGCUGGAUGUCGUGGGCCUGGUCCUUCGUCCCGGCCAUCGUGAGCACCGGAGAGGAGGAGGGCGAGGGCGAGUCUGGCCUCUACACGGACACACAGGAGUCUGGAGCCACCCGGCCCCUGCAGAACUCACCCAGAGACCCCAUAGUGUCUGUCGGCUUCUACUGCACCAAAGCCUCCGUCACAUUUAAGCUGACAGAGAGCUGCUCUGAGAGCAGUUACUACAGUCCACAGAAGCUGAAGUCUCGUGAGGUCCUCAGUGUGGAGCAGGAGGGAAUCACGGUGGAGGCGCUGAUGAUGGGCGAGCCCUUCUUCGACUGUCAGGUUGGAGUCAUGGGCUGUCGUGCUGUGUGUCUGAAGGGCAUUAUGGGGGUUCGUGAUUUUGAAGAGAACAUGAACAGAAGAGAGGAGGAUGCCGUGUUCUUCCGCUGCGGAGACACGCUGAGCGUUAAGGGCAUGACGUAUCUGACCAACUCGCUGUUCGACUACCGCAGCCCGGAGAACAACGGAGUCCGAGCAGAAUUCAUACUGGAUGGAAACCUGCACAGGAUAUCGUCAGCUUUGGCCGUCAGGCUGAUCUCUGAGAUGCAGAUGAGUGUCGCUCCUCCGGCGAAGCUGAAUGACGCUUCCCGUCAGGAAUGUCGUGUGAAAACGCUCGUCUGUCAGUGCGUCUGCGAUGAACUGCUUGUUUUGUGCUGCUGUUUUCCAGUUUGCGUGGGGCUGCAGGAUUUUCCUGCGCUGCGUAAAGACGAGCCGCUGCUGGUGCAGGAGACGUCGGUGAAGAGGAUCGCGGUCGGUCCGUUAGACCUGCAGCUCCACAGCAGUGCUGUCCACCGGAUCCUGAAGAUGGCUGCUUGCACGCUGGACCACGAGUACCAGCCCUACUGCAGACCGCAGCCGGAUGUUGUGGAGGAGUGUGUGUCUGUGCUGCCGGAGCAGGUGUCAGCGCUGGAGGAGUUUAUUCCCAGCCGUCAGACGAGCGUGACGCUGAUGAGAGCAACAGUCUCUGUCCCUGCAGCAGAAUACAACCUCCUGCACCUCUUACUUCCUGUUCUACUGGGACACAAGGUCUCGGCUGCGCAGACGUCUGUCCCUCAGUUCCAGCUGCUGCGUCCUCUGCCUGCACUGCAGCUGCAGUUUGAGCGCGUCACGUUUGAGCAUUCAGUGCCAAUGUAUGAACAGGAAGUGACACGUGCAGCCAGCAGCCUGAACCAGCCAUCAGACACACUCCUGCACCACUGCUACACACACUGCUACCUGAAGGUCUUUGAGCUUCAGGCUGGUCUGACUGUAAUCGACUCAGAGGGGGGGUUUCAGCCGCUCAUUCCCAUAAUUCCUUCUUUCAGUACUGCGCUCUAUGGGAAGCAGCUCCGUUUGCCUGCAUACUGGGGGAGGCAGCCUUCAGUCCCGGUGUGUGAGUGUGUGUUUGAGCUCCCGCAGGUGUGUGUGCAGGCGACGCGUGCGCAGGUGCUGCUGCUGCAGUGCAUGUAUCGCAGCUGGACACACAGUGUGGGAGGCGGAGCCUGCAGCAGCAUCAGCGACAGCCUCAUUAGCCACGCCUACAAAACUCCAGCAGGUGUGAAGCCGGUGUGUAGCGCUCCCGUGCUGGAGGUGUGUGUUCAGCGUGUGGAGCUGAAGGUGUGUGUGCGGCCGGCGCUGCUGUGUGUUUCUGGGACUCUGGGAGCUGUGAAAGUGUGUGCCAGAACACCGGGUGUGUGUGAGGGGCAGAAGGAUCCCCUGGUUCCUCUGAUUCAGGGUCCGUCUGACACCACAGAUCUUCACACGAGCCGCUGGUUGAGUGGGAGCCGUAAGCCGGCGUCUCUCCUGUCUCCUGAUCUCCUGCAGAUCUCACUGCAGCUCCCGCAGCAGGAGCACGCGCACAACCCCGGUGAGACGACACUACACUCUGGUCAAACCCUGUUGAGCCGUCUACAAAGGGAACAUUUUCAGUCACUCGUGAUUUUGUCUGUGUGUGUGUCAGUGUCUCGCAUGGAGCCGCUGCAGGACGUCCCGUUCACUGUGCCCAGACCUGUGCUGGAGGAGGGCGAUGCGUUCCCGUGGACAGUGUGUGUGAGUCAGCUGAGCAUCUACUCUCUCCUGGGACAGCAGCGGUCUCUCAGCGUGCUCGAGCCGGUGGGAUGCACCUCCACGCUGGCGCUCACCGCUCCCAAACUGCAGCCUGACAGCAGAGACGCCUUCAUCAUGUGUCUGCAUGUGGACCUGCAGCCAGUGCACCUCAAAUGCUCCAACCCUCAGGUCCAGCUGGUGUUUGGUUUGUGGUGUCGAUGGAGUCAGAUCUUCAGUGUGUUUGACCGGAUGCAGAGCAGAGGAGCUCAGAGAGCGUCAGCUGGAUUCCCCGACUCCUCGGCGCCCCCCGCUGGACCCUCGUCACCCGUCCACAGCAGUCUGGGCACCAUCCCUCGGGACACCAGCACCUACAGCCCGUCAGCUGACCUGGGCUCUCCUACAGAGGGUGAUUCGGCGCACACCGAGGACCCUGCGGCCGGUGAGACCAUGACUCUGGAGCAGAAGACCUGCAGCAUCAGCAGCGCCAGCGGAAAACUCAGCAUCUGGAUGCAGUGGAUGCUGCCUAAACUCACACUCCAGCUGUUCUCCUGCGAGCCCAGAAACAACGAGCUGUGUGUGAUGGCAGAGAUGGAGGACAUGAGCGCGUCUGUGGAUGUUCAGGACGUUUAUACGAAGGUGAAGUGUAAAGUGGGCAGCUUCCACAUAGAUCACUACAGAAGCAGUGCUGAAGAGAGCCCGUGUGGUGGGGUCGUCCUCUCUUGCACUGAAAAGCUGAACAGACGCACGGUUCUGCUGCGGCCGCUCAGCAAGCAGGAGCCUUACAGCCAUUUCAGCUUCUUUCCACCUAUGGCGGCGAAGGCUCUGGAGGUCUCGCACCAGCAGCACGGCUUCCUGUCGGUGACCUACACGCAGGCCGUGACGAGGAACGUGCGACACAAGCUGACGGCGCGUCAGGAGCGUGUGCCGGCGUCUCAGAGGCUGUGUGAGGACGGAGCGGACGGAUCGCCGCAGUACCUGCACGAGAUCCUGCUCACGGCACAACCCUUCGACCUGGUGCUGUCCUGCCCUCUGCUGGUGAUGGUGGCGCGUGUCUUCCACGUGUCCCCGCCGCCACACCUGCGUCACCCGAUCCGAGAGCGCGUGUCUGCCGGGCAGCCGAUGAGAGCACACUCGCUGUCCUCCAGCAGCCUGCCGCUCGUCUACCUCAACACCAGCGUGAUCCGGGUCUUCUGCCCUCUGGAGGACACGCAGAGCAGCACACAUUCACAGCUCAAGCACAGAAAGGAAGACACGGUUGUGCUGAAGAUCGGAUCAGUGAGCGUCGCUCCUCAGGCUGAUAAUCCACUGCCGCGCUCCGUCCUGCGCAAAGACCUCUACCAACGGGCGCUGAAUCUGGGCGUUCUGCGUGACCCGGGGUCAGAGGUCGAGGACCGUCAGUAUCAGAUUGACCUCCAGUGCAUCAACAUGGGCACGGCUCACUGGGACGACCUGCGGCCGGAGCGCGAGGGCCCGACGAGCGGCUCUCCUGCAGAUGGUGAACGGAGCUCCCAGAAUCCCGCGCUGGAGUGGAACAUGGCCAGCAGCAUCCGCCGGCAGCAGGAGAAGCGAGUGAUCCUGUCUCCGAUCAUCACGGAUUUCUCUGUGCGGAUCACAGCAGCUCCAGCUGUAAUUUACCGGAAGCCUCUGUCAGCGGAUCACGGCCCAGCCGAGGAAGUGGUGGUGUGCGGCCACAGUCUGGAGAUGAACGUGACGUCCAGUCUGGAGCUGUUUCUGAGCGCGGCUCAGGUUCAGUUACUGCAGCAGCUCCUGCAGGCCAACGUGGGACUGACGAGUGUCGACGAAACNNCAGCGGAUGUGUGCGGUCAUCAGCCGCAGUCCGCGGUCUCUGGUUCGGUGGAGAGUUUGUGUGGCAGCAGCGCCCCCUGCGGGCAGGACAGUGGGUUCGGUAGCGACAGCGCUGGUCUGCGGAUCGUUCAGAUCGAGCGGCAGAGCGGCACAGGUCAGCACCGCCUCGCCCGGCCGUCACAGCAGCCCACCAUCACCAAGAACCUCAGCUUCAUCCCGUUCGAUGUGUUCCUCACCGCCGGCCGCAUCUCUCUAAUGACGUACGCGACCGCGCCUGUGGCCAAACCCCCCGCCGACGCCCCGGGAAAGAGCACGCUCGACGUGCCGGAGGACGAGACUGUUCGGGCCGGGGCUCUGUCCUCACUGACGGCCGAGGAUCUGCUCAACGCAAACACUGCGGGCGGGUCGACAGGGGUCCUGGGGGGCCGCUCGUCUGCGCGACAGGCUCUGGGCGUGACGGUGGUGAGACAGCCGGGCCGCAGAGGAGACAAAGACUGCAGCCUGCAGCCGAUGCUGUUCCUGCAGGUGACGCAGCCGUCCAUCUUAAUCAGCUGCCACCACCGCAAGCAGAGGCUGGAGCUGUCGCUGUUCGACCUCACGCUGAAGGGAGUCGCCACCAACUACAAGAGUCUGGACGCAGGGAAGUCUCUUCCGGAGGCGUUAGACUACAGCGUGUUUUGGCUGCAGACGGUCGCAGGAGAGGCCGACAGUCGGACAGGUAUCCCCCCCCCACUGCUGUUUAUCCUAAUCACAUCUCUCUCUGUCUGUGUCUGUGUGUCAGAGUUGAAGGUGCACAUCAGUCGGCCGGUGAGAGUCAGUCCCACUCUGGCUAAAAUUGAGCAGGCCCAGGUCUUCUGGAAGAGACUCUUUCCUGAGAGGGAGCCCAGAACACCUGCAGGCUCCGCCCACCGCUGCAGCGAAACCCCGCCCACAGCCGACCUGCUGCUGCGCUUUCUGCAGUCGCCCGUUCCCUUCCACAAGAUCUCGCUGCGCACGGUGCAGAUGGUGGUCGGUGUGGAGAUAGAGGCGCACGCGGCGCGGCCCAGUCUGACGCUGUCUGUGUCGGCCAUGACCGGCGCGCUGACGCUGAAGAACGCCAUCAAACCCACAGAUGGUUUUAAGGAGGUCUGUCUGUCGGUUCAGUGUGAGGACGUGUUGGUGCGGACGGGUCUGAAGGACAGAAGUGCAGUGUUUGUGGGUCCGUUCUCCUGCAGUGCGGAUCUGGAGGCUCAUUGGUGCAGACACAGUGGAAGCUCCGCCCCCGACUCACCUGGACCCCCGAGAGUGUUGAUUGACAUGAAGGGAGGCCUUCUGCAGGUGUUUUGGGGGCAGCAGCAGUUUAACUGUUUGUCUGAGAUUCAAGAACAGCUGCAGAACUACUGGAAUCAGAUGAGCAGAACGGAGGCGGAGUCUAAUGAAAAGCCCCUCCUCUCUACACCGCCACGCACCCCUCGCCCCGCCCAAUCAGAACACUCCUCUGAUGAUCUGCGCACAGGCCUCUUCCAGUACAUACAGGACUCAGCGUGUCAGAAGCUGCCGUCGCCUCAUGAGGUGGUGUUUUGGAGGGAGACGGACGAGUCUCCAGGUGUGAUGCUGUGGCGGUAUCCUGAACCGCGUGUAAUUAAGUUCCUCAGGAUCACACCUGUUCCCUUCAACACCACUGACGACCCGGACAUCAGUACAGCCGACCUCGGGGACGUGCUGCAGGUGCCCUGCAGUCUGGAGUUCUGGGACGAGCUGCAGCGGGCGUUUGUGCCGUAUAGAGAGUUCAGCCUAUCAGAGAGCAGCGUGUGUGAGCUGACCCUGCCCACUCUGACCCCCGACACACACCAGACUGACCUGGUGACCUCUGACCUCUGGAGGGUGGUGCUCAACAGCAGCAGUGAUGGUGGAGACGAGAGUUCGGACAGUGAAUCAGGUUCUCAGGUGCCCUGUGAGCAGCUGGUGUGUCCCACCGCUCUGGCUGCGUGUACGCGUGUGGACUCGUGUUUCGCACCGUGGUUCGUGCCGUCAGUGGGCGUCUCCAUACAACUGGCAUUCCUGCAGCUGCACUUCUGUCACAACCUGGAUCAGCUGGGCACAGUGCCGUGCCAGAAGCUCCGCCCCUUCCUCCCAGACAGGAAGUCGCCUCAGGAUCAGGAGUUUGCGGUGGUGUGUGUGCGUGAGCCGUGUGUGUUUGUGCGUCAGUGGAGGGACGUGAUGCAGUGCUGUCAUGAGCUCAGCUUCUCGUCCACGCUGAGCUGCAGACUGCUGGAGUACCGCAACCUCACGUACCUGCCUGUCCUUCAGCCGGUCAGCCUGCGGGGACACGCCACACACACACACACACGCUCACGCCGCACGCUGCACUGCGAUACCACGCUGCAGCCGCUGCACGCCGCCGCCGGCCAGUACGCCGUUCACACGCUGGACCGAGCGCUGCAGGCCUGGAGACAGAACGGCGUGUUGGAUGCAGAGGAAGUGGUUUUCAGUCAUUACGUCAUCUGUAACGACACACAGGAAGUUCUAAGGUUUGGACAGGUGGACACAGAUGAGAACAUCCUGCUGCAGAGCAACCAGAGUCACCAGUACAGCUGGAGAACCCACAAAUCCCCACAGCUGCUGCACAUCUGCAUGGAGGGCUGGGGGAACUGGCGCUGGGCCGAACCCUUCAGUGUCGACGACGCAGGGACUUUACUGAGAACCAUCCAACACAGAGGACAGACAGCCACUCUCAUCAUCAGAGUCAAACAGCUCACAGGAGUCCAGAAACAAGUGAUCAUCUGUGGCAGGCAGGUGGUGUGUAGUUUUCUUCAUCAGUGCAUCGAGCUGCGGCUGGUGCAGCACUACACGGGUCAGGACGGUCAGCUGGAGCUGCGUGAGCGUGUCACCCGUCUGGAGCCAGAUAGCAAACUGGCCUCGUUUGUGCUGGAGGACGCGGAGCUGACGGAGCUGUGUGUGCGCGCCUGCGGUGAUGACGCCUGGUCACAGGACGUCUGUCUGGAUCACAGCGACAAACACAGCAGCUCUGUGGUGCAGGUGCCGUGUUCUAAUGGAUCACUGCUGCAUGUCUGGUGCACACGAAUCCUGCUGGAGCCAAACACACACAUGCAGCGGAGAGUGGUUGUGUUCAGUCCUCUCUUCAUGAUGUGGAGUCACCUGCCGGAUCCGGUUCUGGUUCACGUGGAGAAGAGGAGUCUGGGUCACAGAGACACGCAGCUCAUUCACGGCCGCGGCCACCAGGAGGCGCUGCUGAGCGUGGAGGAAGAUCUGACACACCACCUCACCUUCCAGGCCAGGGAGGAAGAGGACGCGUCUCACUGUGCAGUUCCUGUGUCCACUGCUGUUAUCAAACAGAUCCUGAGCAGAGCAGCAGCAGAAGAGAACCAGAACCAGAACCAGCAGGAUGUUCUAGAGCACUUCUACGGAGAGAAGACAUCCAGCGGUCCGGUGUGGCCCUACAGCAGCCGACAAACAGACAGGUGUGCGGUGGAGUCGGUGGCGCAGUGGGACAGUCCGAUGCAGGUGCGUCUGAGUGCGUGGCGCGCGGGUCUGAACACGCUGCUGGUGGAGCUGCUGCCGUGGGCUCUUCUGGUGAACCGCUCGCACUGGGACCUCUGGAUGUUUGAGGCAGAGAGCAUUAUAGUGCAGAUACCAGCCGGGAAAACCAUUGUACCGCCCAACUUUAAGGACGCGUUCCAGAUCGGCAUCUAUUGGCCGCACACUAACACGGUGCACAAGUCUCCUGCCGUGCGAUUGGUCCGUGAGGUGUCGUCGCCGCGGUGGCCGGAGGGGGGCGGAGCAGACGUCCUGCUGCUGGAUGAGGAGGGAUACAUACACACGGACAUCACACUCGGAACUCAGCCGGGAAAACUCAAGCUCUGUCAGUUUUGUGUGUCAUCUUCAGUGAAAUACGGGAUUCAGGUUUUGCAGAUUGAGGAUAAAACCGUCCUGGUGAACAACACGACAAACACUAUCAAGUGUAGAGCUGUGAUGUCACAACACACAACCACACCUGAGCAGCCUCAUCACGUCCCUGAGUCGUGCAGCUUCACUCUGGGUCCCGCGGGUGUGGCUGGAGAUCAGGUGUGCGGUGUGGUGCCGUGUUGGGAUGUUCUGCAGGACAGUCAGACAGCAGAGGACAUGCAGCUGUCGUCGAAGCAGCUGCUGCUGAGUUUGGAGAGUGCAGAGGCGCAGUGGAGUCCUCCAGCCCUCGUGAGGACAGAUUUCCCCAGACAGAGCGUUCCUGUGCCGGUGGAGCCGGACACCGACUGGCCCUUCAACACCAGGCCUCUGGUUCUGACCUGUCAGGAGCAUCUGGGCGUCACGUAUCUGACUGUGAGUGAAGAUCAGUGUCCACGCAUGCUGAUUCACAACCGCUGCCCCAAGAGCCUCUUACUGAGGGAGAACACCAGGGCGUGUGUUUCAGAGUCAGAGAGGUCAGAGGUGUUCAGCCGGACGGUUCCUGCUCUCUCUUCUGUCCAUCAUGAGUUGUUUCAUCAGGCCUCCAGCUUCCCUGAGUGCCGACAGAAAGAGACGCUGCCCACCCUGCAGCUGCGCAUCAUCACGGACACGCCCACCGGUCACUCAGCCACGCCCACCGGCCGCACAGACACGCCCCCCUCACCAGGCUGGACUGAUGCCAUCGAUAUCAGUAGUCCUGGAACACAGGUUGUUUUUCUUUCUGGUUUCGGCUGUUUGUACAUCGACGUUCUUCACCAGAGCGGCACCAUCACGCUGACGCUCGCACCAGAGAGCAGCGCUGGAGACAUCGUCACACGCCACAGGCCGUCCGAUCAGGUGCUGUCCUUCAGGAUUCUGCUGAAUGAGGCGAGCGUGGCGCUCUGUGAUGACAUCACCAGCCCGUCCAGUUCUGUGGAGCUACUGCGUCUCACCAUCUCCAAACUGCUGCUUCAGCUGCCGCCCGGCGAACCCUCGGCCGUCCACACCGUCCAGAUCCACUGCGCCGGCCUGCAGGUGGACAACCAGCUGUACGAGCGCGCCAGCUUCCACUUCCCCGUCAUCCUGUGCCAGGAGCCUCAGAGUGAGCCCGACCUCGCGCCGACCCCGCAGCGCCUUCAGGAGUUCUGCGACGCCUGCUUCCUGUCCCUGAGCGUCACCGUCUCCCCCGAUGGCCGGCUGGACCGCCUCGCCCUCCGCGUCAGACCGGCGCGCGUCUAUCUGGAGGACACCUUCAUCUACUACAUGAAGACGCUCUUCCACACCUACAUCCCAGAAUGCACCCUGGGUGGGCGGGGCUGCGGCGGAGGGGUGGAGCCUGUGGUCCCGCGGGAGGUGCUGGAGUCCACACACGCUCUGGUGACGCCGGUGCUGCUGCAGAAGCUGUCCAUCGAGCCGGUUCAUCUGCUGGUGAGCAUCCACGCCUCGCUCAAGCUCUACAUCGCCUCCGACCACACGCCGCUGUCCUUCUCACUGUUCGAGCGCAGCCCCAUCUGCACCACACCGAGACAACUGGUGCACACACUCGCCAUGCACUACGCCGCAGGAGCACUCUUCAGAGCAGGUUGGGUCGUGGGCUCUCUGGAGAUUCUGGGCAGUCCGGCCAGUCUUGUGCGGAGUAUCGGGAACGGCGUGUCGGAUUUCUUCCGGUUGCCGUACGAGGGUUUGACCCGCGGGCCGGGAGCGUUUAUCAGUGGCGUCUCUAGAGGAACAAACUCCUUCAUCAAACACAUCUCUAAAGGAACUCUGACGUCCAUCACAAAUCUGGCCACGAGUCUGGCGCGGAACAUGGACCGUCUGUCGCUGGACGACGAGCAUUACAUGCGACAGGAGGAGUGGAGGAGACAGUUACCUGAGACUCUGGGAGACGGACUGAGACAAGGCCUGUCGAGACUCGGCAUCAGCCUGCUGGGAGCGAUCGCAGGAAUCGUGGAUCAGCCCAUGCAGACGUUCACUCGGACGCUGGAGUUGCCGAGCUCGGCGAGCAGUGCGGCCCGCGGCGUGAUCUCAGGAGUGGGGAAAGGCAUUGUGGGAGUUUUCACCAAGCCAAUCGGAGGAGCAGCUGAGCUGGUGUCGCAGACGGGAUACGGUCUGCUGCACGGCGCGGGUCUCUGGCAGCUUCCCAAACAGCUGCACCUGCCGACUGACACCAGAUCAGCCGACGCCUCCAACAGCCACGUCAAAUACAUCUGGAAGAUGCUGCAGUCUCUGGGCCGUCCGGAGCUGCACAUGGCUCUAGACGUGCGUAUGGUGAGCGGAUCGGGGCAGGAACACGCCGGCUGCACUCACUCACUCACUCACACCUCACACACACACACACACACACCUGGACGCAUCACACUCACACUGCAGCAGCACCGAGUGACCAGUGACACUGAGGUGGACGGUGCUCGUGAGCGUCUCUCUGAGCUGCAGUACAGUCGGCUGGUGGAUUUCGUCACCGGGGCGUCUCAGUAUUUGUCUCCAUCUCUGUCGUCCCUCCAUCAGCAGCCUCCCGUCACUCCUGCCGAGCCGCAGCCCACCGUUUCCAAAACAUACCAGUAUCACGCCGACCCGGCCUUCACACGCGUGUUCGUCUGCAAGUUCAACAUGGUGAAAAACAAAGCGCUGCGCAUCGGCUUCCACUGAAAUCCAGAUUUCAUCUUCAUGUUUGUAUUUAAAGAGUAAAACACUUUAUUAUCGUUUAUUAACGUCACUACAUCGGCCAGAGCCUCUGAUUGGCUGCUUCUGUAUGAAUGAGGUGGAUGUGAUGCUUUAAACCAAAAGGCCUUUCGUUUUGUAUUUUUAUAAGCAAUGCAAGAAAGAUGAUUUACUGUUAUUUCAUAAUUUGCUCCUGUAUUCUUGUCUAAUGAAAAAUGAGUGUCAUUAUAUAAUGAAUCUGUUUUUUGUAAAUAAAAUAUAAUUAGCUAA